CUUCUAAACACUCAGCAUCACAAAUCACUGUUUAUUUCCAAUGCUGCUUCCCAUAAUAACUUAAUACAUCUGUGUUCAGAGGUAAAAAUGGCUGCAGAAGAGAAGUGGAAAAGUUCGGCUUCGAAGCAGAGUAGUGGGGCUGAACAAGCAGAAGACAGGGAAUCAUGUGUGCUACUGAGCCAGCAGCUGGGUGAACCAGGAAAGUUCACUUAUGCAGCACUCUGUGGGGUAUCCCUGGCAUGGCUGUUCCCUGAAAAAGAACAAAGCUCCUUCAGGACAGAGUUCAUUGAGGGCUUGGUGAAAUGGCUGGACCUGCCUGAUGCUGUCUUGCCUGCCAUGACAGCGUUUGCUAGUGGCUUAGGAGGUGAGGGCACAGAAACUUUUGCCCAGCUUUUGCUGAAGGAUCCCACCGUCAAAGAUAAUCCUGUUGUCAUUACCCAGGAUCUUUUGUCCUUCUCUCUCAGAGAUGGGUACUAUGAUGCACGAGUGAGGGUGUUGAUCUGCCACGUCAGCUGGCUGCUGAGAAUCCCCUUGGAGGAGCUGGAAGCCAUGGAGGAAUCUCUGCUUGAAAGCCUGAAGGAACAAACAGAGGAAGAGUCAGAAACUGCAGAAGUCUCAAGAAAAAAGAAGGAAAGAAGAAGGAAGCUGAAGAGAUACCUGCUGAUCGGCUUGGCAACCGUUGGGGGUGGAACAGUGAUCGGCUUGACAGGAGGUCUUGCUGCCCCCCUGGUUGCUGCUGGGGCUGCUACUAUCAUUGGAAGUGCAGGAGCAGCUGCUCUUGGUUCAACUGCAGGAAUUGCUGUCAUGGCCUCCCUUUUUGGAGCUGCUGGAGCCGGCCUUACUGGAUACAAGAUGAAGAAACGUGUGGGAGCCAUAGAAGAGUUUGAAUUCCUCCCACUUACUGAAGGAAGGCAGCUUCACAUCACCAUAGCAAUUACUGGAUGGCUGUGUGCUGGCAAAUAUGGAAGCUUCACAGCACCAUGGAGCAGCAUGUUGCAUUCGAGUGAGCAAUACUGUCUGGCCUGGGAAUCCAAGUACUUGAUGGAGCUUGGCAGUGCCUUGGAUACCCUGGUGAAUGGUUUUGUUAACAUGAUGGCUCAGGAAGCCCUAAAAUUCACUGUUUUGUCAGGUAUUGUUACGGCCUUGACUUGGCCAACUUCACUCUUGACUGUUGCCAAUGUCAUUGACAACCCCUGGGGAGUGUGUCUGCAUCGGUCUGCUGAAGUAGGCAAGCACCUGGCACAUAUACUGCUCAGUCGACAGCAGGGCAAGCGACCUGUCACACUGAUUGGCUUCAGUCUGGGUGCCAGAGUUAUCUACUUCUGCCUGCAGGAGAUGGCUCACGAGAAAGACUCCCAAGGGAUCAUUGAAGAUGUGGUGCUGCUGGGAGCUCCAGUGGAGGGAGAGGCCAAGAACUGGAAGGCGAUCACAAAAGUGGUGUCAGGCAGGAUCAUCAAUGGUUACUGCAGGGGAGACUGGCUGCUGGGAUUUGUAUACAGAACCUCUUCUGUCCAGCUAAAUGUUGCUGGCCUCCAGCCAGUCAAGCUGGACGACAGGAGGAUGGUAAACAUGGACCUUUCAUCUGUAAUUGGACUGGAGGAGCACAAAGCUCAGGGCACAUCUGUCAUCAUUCUUCCUGCUGUGACCCCUCCUGCCUGUUCCCACAAGCUGGUAGCACUGUCAGUGUUGCUCUGGAGCCAAAGGCACUUUUAAAUUCUUUCAAUUUUUUGAGAACCAGCCUGCUGAUCCUAAAAAUACCCAACUGUUACCAGCUCGUUUCAUUCAUUAUAACUGAGCUAUGAGCCCUUGCCAGAAAACACAGAGCUUAAUGCCAUACAGAUAAAAUAAGAACUUCACAGACCAAAAUGUGGGCCUCCUAGAAGGAAGUGGUAUGGUAGAACCUUUUAACAUUGGUCCAGCACUGUAGCUGUUCUGGAAUCUUUGCACUUUCCUGGGUUGCCUUGGUUAGCAUUUCCACACACUCCCACAUUCACUUUUUUCACUAUCCCUGGGAUUGUCAUCAGUCACUUGCCAGUAUCUAAAUGGCUGAAGAAGCCAAGCAGUGAUGACACUGGGGUGAUGUUUCCUGUUAACUUAGUCCAGGUUGCUCUCCUCUCUUCAGAGCCUCUCCUUCUGUUGACCUUUUGCUUUCUGACCCUCAAACCCCCUGGAGUCCUGCAGACCUGACCCUGCCCUCAGCCUCUCCAUUCUUCCCCAAAGGAACCAUUUACCAUUCAGCUAAAUGAAUCAUGGCUGCAGAGCUGCAAUCUGCUGAUCUUCUGCUGUUGUGCAUCUGUGCCUGCGCUGCCUGAUGCCAGCAGACAAUCCCAGCACUGUUCUCAUUUCAGAAAGAGCUGACACUUUCACUUCUUUAAUCUUACUGCAAAGCACGGGGGGAAAAAAAGAGCAAUUCCCACAGCGAGGAAAACGUGUAUUAAGUAAGUGUCAUUCUCUUGAUCCAUUUUCCAGAGCAUGGAGCUUUAUGAAAAGAAACACAGUGUGUUCUGACGAACAUUUUAAAAGUAAAAAGAGAGAGCAAGAAGGGGAAGGAAAUAUUCAGAAGCUCUGUGUAAAAAGUGACAAGUAAGCAAGGAUGGAUCUUGCUGCAAAUGUAGUGCAGUUGCAUAAGAGAAAUAUAGAGAGAUGUUUUCUAUAAAUUGCAGAAUACAAGAAAUCUGCUUUACUAAACAAAAAAAAUCUGUCUUUCUGGUAGAGGAAACAAAACAUAAGAACAGCUACAGUAGUUCAGACUAAUAUCCAUCAAGUUCAGUAUCCUGCCUAACAGAACAUCCUCCUGAUUUUUCUACAGAAAUAGAGAAGAUGGCACUGCACACCCAUGGCAAUGCAUAUUCUUAUGUAUACAUGUAAAUCAGGUAUCUGCCUUGCAGAGAGCUUGUCAUUUGGUGCACAUUUCAGAGAAAUGGAGUGUAAUGGCUCAAGCAAAGGAGGACUAAGAGGCCUCCUUCAGCUUCCCAGUAAAGGUUUUUUCUUUUUUUCUUUUUUUUUUUAAACCUAAUUCCAUAAAAUAUUUGGAGUUUCCUAUCAUUUAGAUGUCUUAUGCAGAAAGAUUUAUAACCCACAACACACAUCUGAUUUGAAAAAGGUCCUGAAGUGAUGCUGAGACUCCGCUGUCUGUAGAUAGUGUUGCCUGAGAAGGGUUCCAUGGUGAGUGCCUUCUGCUGUGGGGUAAUUCAUUGGAGCCUAUUGCUUUGCUGCUUCCCCUUAUGAGUUUUUCUCUUUGAGCUUUGGCUCUCAAAACAUUAAGAAUAAAUAGAACGACUUGAGAAAUGGGCACAUUCACAGCCCACAGAGAUGGGGCUGCUGAAGAGGAGACAGCUUGAUGCGCGUUUCCAGUCAGGGUGCUUGGCUGUAUGUGGAAGAGUUUGGCUUGCUGGGAUUGCAGAGAUCUCGGAUGCAUCCUGAGAUCACCAGACAAAUACAGUUCAUUCUCAGCUUCAGUGGAAAUUAAGCAUCUGAAAAACAGGAGUGCUUUUCAAUUAAGCUCUCACUGCUUUUGAGGAACAAUAAUGAUGAUCGUUAAUUGCCUGCUUUUCAGCACAAUGAGCAGGCACUGGGAUGAGCUUAUCCGUCAUGCCUUCAUUUCUAUUUCUGCCCUCAACCCUCACAGACCAUCCUGGGGCUCUGCAAAGGACCUGGAAAGACCUGCAAAGAGUGGCUGUGCAGCCACCCAGCUGCCGAGGGACCUUCAGCAAGGACAGCUGCAACAUUGGAGUCCUUCAGGUCCCACUGAAACGCAACCAGGGAUAGGCAGGGAUGAGCAGUGAUAGAGAAAUAAAGCUUGGGUGAUGCAGGGUGCUGAGUGUGAAAGUAUUGCACAGACAGCUUCAGUGUUGUGUCAUCUCACGGUCCGUCCAGGAUGAGCAAUAGUCUGGGCCCAAAGGGGUUGCUUCUCUGUGCAUCACAAUCUUCCAAUGAGUGGUGGACUAGGAGACCUCGCUCUGAGCACGAGUUCACCUGUGAGGCAUUUCUGGCACGUCUCUCUUGAUUAGUAUGUGUUGGGGUUUUUUUUUUUCUGGUUGUCAGAAAAAAAAAGAAUGAAGGAAGAAUGUUCUCCCACUCAACAAAUGCAGUUAUAAAAGCCUUCCUAAUGGUUACAAUGGGACUGAUUUGUUCAGUGGAUUUAUUUGACAGCACCUGUUAGGGAUACCAAGGAAGUGACUGAGCUGUAAUGGAUUGAUUGCUGUUUGUUCAAGUGGGAUAUUGUAGAUUACAUUUUGGACUAACAUUUGAAUACUGCAGCACUGCUCAGAGUCAGAAGCAGAAGCUCACAAGUCAGGAAUGGCUGCUUCUGUUCCUCUGGGCAGUUCUACUGCAGCAAAAAGCAGGGAUGAACUCUCAAGCUUGGGGCAAUAGGAAUGCAUGGGUGGAAGUCUGCUAGAGAGCACGUUGGCAGCUAAAUUCUCCUUUUUGUGCUUUUCACUGACAUGGUGUCUGAAUGGCAGCUGCUCAAAUCAUGCUGGAGCUGAUAAAUUCCCAUAAGGGGAACAACAGAAACGCCACCUGAGAUUAAACCCCUCCUUGCUCAAGCACACAGCUGGAUGGAGCUGUGGUUUGUACAGCUCACAGACACAAGUGCUUUUCUUUAUCUCUAGAGCAGUUGCUGUAACAGGAUGUAGCAGCAAAACGUGCACACAGCCGUGUUCUCCUGCAGCAUCUCUGCAUGACAUAAGGCAAAACAGCAGAGCUCGUUUUUAGAAUAGUCCAUGUCUCACCUUGGCACUCCUUUGCUUCUUCCCUGUGAACCACCUCAAAAGCUUUCUACCUGUUCUUUGCUGUGGGAACUGAGUGCUGGGGAAGCUGUCUUUCAGCAAUUGAAAAACAGGAAUAACUGAUCUCUCUUCCAAAAGCGCUCUCAGAGAGGAGCUCAGUGUUCCUGUUAGAAGGGAAUGCAAACAGGCUCCAAACAGUCUGGCCUUCAGCCAGCCAGGUACAGAAAUACCAGAAGCAGAUGACAAGUGUGAAUCUUGUGCAAUCCAAUUGAUUUGGCACUUCUGUGGUUCAGGCGUUUCCCCCAAAAUACUUUAAACUGUUGUUUGGUUAUUUCUAGUAUUCCCAAGACUUGAAGCAAAGAACUAAUUGUGGUUACAAAAUGGGGAUUAAUUAAGAACACGGGGAGUUGGAAAUGCAAAAGGUUGCCUGUUCUCAUUAAACCCUUAUUCUACUUGUUUCAAAUGAGCAGUGCCACCUCCCAUGGUAACAGGAAUGAAGAGGAUCACAAGAGCAGCAGUGAGGUGCAGAACUUGGCUUCAGACAGUGGCUCCUGGAGAGCGUUCUCUCAAAUCUGCACACAGAAAGGCAGACAAAUCCAGUCCUCUUCACGGUGUCACAGGGAACUGAUCUCCCCUGAAAUAACUCCUUAGUGUCUCCUCUUUAGUCUCACAAGGUUUUCUUCUCAAUCUAUUCAGCAUCCCAAAUAUGUGUUUCUUUUCUUCUCAUCCCUUUGUCAGCUGGCAGAAGGGAAGUGCUGUUGGUGGUGGUGCUGGAACAGUUCUUUGGUGGCCAAGUUUGAUGAUGAUUUCUUCCCAGAAGGAUGUGCAAGUCUUUGUGAAGACAAGUCUAGUGGUUUGCUAGGCUGUAAGGGGUCUGUCCCUCUAUUAUUUGGGCUGCACUGGGAUAUAAAAGCUCACAGAGAUGAUUGCUUCCUCUUCAUGUGUCCCUGCAACCCUGAAGUGGUCAGGCCUUAGUUUUGAGGGGUGUCUCUUGCUGUUGAACACAUUUGGGAGCUCCGACGAUUGAAUCAUAUAUUAAAUACAUGUUAAAGAUGUUUUAUCUUCAAGGAGUGGGCACUGACAGUGUUAAUAUAUCGAAUCAGAGGAAGGAACUGAAAGGCUUUCUCCAAAAAAGUGCAAACUGAGCUAUUAAUAACUUUUAGUUUGUUUUCCCUUGGUGGCAGAUGAAAACUCAAAGGGCGCAGCUCCUCCUUGCUCCAUCACAGACGUACUGCUUAAUCUUGAUGUACCCCUUGGAAGGCAGGGGAUAUUUAGCUGCUCCUAAAAGGCAAAGAGAACCAUUUUGAAGUACCCUAUAAAAAUUUGUUCUCAUAAAGGCAGACAGUGCAGACUCUGUUCUUGACAGGUUUAUAGUGAACAGGUUUGUAGCUGUAGGUUUUGCAAGCAGCCAUCCCAAUCACACAGCCAUUACACAAGGAAAACUGCCAGUGAAAGCAGUGGAAGUUUUUCCUACGUUGUGUUAAUAAUGUUUGGUUCUGGAAGAGUGGCUACACAAAGAACAGUCAGGUGGAUUUAGGAGAAUUUAGCUUCCUGUUUCCUCUGUCCUACCUGCUGGUGGUUGAACCCAUGCCUUUAAGCCACCCAUCCAAAGUUUCAGUCUGGCAUGGGAGACAGUAAAGGACAAGAGGCUGUAAUCUGCACUGGGAGAAUGGCACUAAAGAGCACAGCUCUCACUGAAUCACCCACUAAAAGAGAGAGGGCAGUUUGAUUUCUGGCAGUGCAGAAGUGGGUGUUGUGACGUAAGGAGGAGAGUUAUGCCCUCAUAACCCAGGCGUUAUCUUGGAAGCUGUUAUCACUCUUCAGCCACCACAUCAUUUCCUCCUUUCAGCACAUACAGUCAUUUCCAUCAGCAAAAUGGGAGCGGAGGGAGAUGUGAGCCAUUGCCCCAGAGUAAGUGCUUGGGAUCAGUACAAGUCUCAUAAAUGGUGAGUCUUUUUGAGCAGUCUGGGAUGAGGCACAGGACAGGAGCUGCAGGAAAAGUCAUUUAGCGAAUGGUGCAGCAAGAACUCGUUCCAACUCACUGGAACUAGCCAGGUUCAUGCUUAUUUCCUGUACCAUUGAGCAUAAGUCAUGAUUUGGUUUCCUAGUCUGAGAUUUGGUAAGAGAUGUUACCUGUGCUACGGGCAGGUAAGGAAGAGGAGGAGCUGGGGAUGCCCUUCAGAGAAUGCUGACGCGUGCUCUGCACCCCAGCGCUUAGCUGGUGAAAACUGAUCUCAUUCCAUGAAGCUGAAAAUCUGGUCUGUUUUGGUAACGUUUGACUUCCAGAUCUCAUUAUUCCUGGAGGAAGAAGGGGAGAGGAGGGGUGAUGGGUCUUUGUCAGAGUCACAGGGGAGGAGUCUCCCCCUGCUGCAGGCACAGUUACACCAUCCGGAUACGGAGACUUCAUCUCAUCUCAGAGUCCUCAUUUGCAGAAACUGAGCUCCUCUGAAACUUCUCCAUCAUCCUGACUUGAUCAGUGUUGCAUCGCUGGUGGACUGCUGUAGUUCAUGAUGUCAGAUUUCUGGGUCUUCCAGGUGCUUCAGUACAUUAAUGCAGCCUUUAUUUUGGGGCAUCUCUUUUCCUCUGAGAUCUAAGAGAUUAUGUUCAAACCAUUUCCCAGCUACAAUUACGUGCCUGGUGUAUUCCAGGACUUUAAGACGUUCCUUAUACCAUCUAAUUUAAGUACCUUCUACUUGACUUAGCACAGACAGAUAAGUAUUGGAUUACAGCCACUGUAGGAGUAAGUGGCAUGCUUAGUGACAGUGACAUGGCUGGAAAGACUCAGUGUUCACACACCACGUAGCUAAAGCUCUCCAUCAUAGUGCUCUUGGAACUGGCAGAGGUGGGUUGAGAGGAAAACUGAGUUUCUCAGCAAUGCACAACUCCAAACAGAAAAACAGUGCUCACCCAGAACUGCCAACAUCGACGUGUGCCCACAAAAGGUAUCAAAGUUUGGUGGAGAAAAACACAGAGGGAAGUAAUGGCAUUGGUGUGACACUGGCCUGAGCCCCCAGUUACAGAGGUGAGAAGGAUUUGAUCAGUGAGUUGUGGCUGAAAGGUGAUUGUGUGUAAAAAUUACUGUCUUGCUCAAGAAGUGCCACUGAAAUUCAAGCAGAACUUUUACCAGUCGAGCUGGUGAAUUAUUCAAUCCAAAGAAUUGCAGUUGUGCAAAGGGAUGACUUAGAAGCAAAGCCUAUUACCUCUGGCUGAAUCAUGCUCUAAUCCUUAUUCCAUCAGUUAUUCAGAGCAGGAAUAGAAACAUUAAAGAGGAAUAAUGCAAGAGACAUUGAGAGUCUUUUCAAAGUAACUUCAGCUCCACAAAGUUUUCCACCAAUAUAACUUGUUGCAGAUGUCAAAUCUACGUUUUUUAUUAAUCCAUUUAAAUUCCAGCUUCUGAAUUACUGGUCAUGUUCACUGUCCUCUGUUCAGGAGAACCUUGCUUCCAAAGAAUGAAUACUGGAGAAUUGUGUUUCUGUGGUAACUCGAGCCAGUCACAGCCUCUUUCAAGGUUUGCUUGAUGUUCUGAUGGUUCUCAUGAUGGAAUCCUCCCUUCCACUGGC